CGUUGCUUUGGAUCUGCGGCAAUGAGCUACCUUUACGUUUAGACCUUGCGUAGUGCUGCUUUAAGUAAAUAGUUGACACAAGCUGAGUGUGUGUCUUGGUUGACCUCUGCCUGCAUACCGGCAGAGUCCUUGGAUCCUGACACAGCCCGGUCGCAAUGGGGUUCCUCUCCUUGUUAGUUGGACUUUGUUUUGGAUGCUGCGGCAAUGAGCUACCUUUACGCUUAGACCUUGAGUAGUGCUGAUUUAAGUAAAUAGUUGAUACAAGCUGGGUGUGUGUUUUGGUUGACCUCUGCCUGUGCACCGGCAGAACCCUUGGAUCCUGACACAGCCCGUUCGCAAUGGGGUUCCUCUCCUUGUUAGUUGGACUUUGCUUUGGAUGCUGCGGCAAUGAGCUACCUUUACGUUUAGACCUUGAGUAGUGCUGCUUUAAGUAAAUAGUUGACACAAGCAGGGUGUGUGUCUUGGUUGACCUCUGCCUGCAUACCGGCAGAGCUCUUGGAUCCUGACACAACUCAGCCGGAAUGGGGUUCCUCUCUGCGUUGCUGAUUCUGGUGUUGGCGGCCAUCCUCGCCGGGGCGAUUCUGCUGGUCAUGGGAAGCAUCUACUUCGACGCCUGCAAUUCGGACAUCCCGCCCAGGUUGGAACAGCCGGUCAAGCUGCGGAUCAUCCACGCCGUUUGGGUCGGGACGUCGGUCCUGGGAAGGAUUUUGGAGAACCUGCACAUUUGCUCCCAGAUCCGGUUUGUCCGGUUGGUGAGGAGUGGAUGGAGGCGCCCGAGGGACGCUGCGCUCUUCCAGAAGGACGUCAAGUUCAAGCACGUCCCCGCCCGGAUUUACCAGCCCAAAGCGCCCUCCACUCACCCAAGGAAGGGCCUCCUUUACUUCCACGGCGGAGGAUUCGUAUUCGGAAGCAUUCAAACCCACGAAAACAUCUGCCGCUACAUUGCCAGGGAAAGCGAAUCGGUGGUUGCGUCUGUGGAGUAUCGCUUGGCUCCUGAACACGUCUAUCCGGCCGCAUUGAACGACUGCCUUGCAGCUGCCACUCACUUCCUCAAAGCCGCCAAUGAAUUUGGAGUGGAUCCCAACCGCGUCAUCCUUGCCGGAGACAGCGCAGGCGGCCUUCUCGCCGCGGUCGUUUGCCAGACCCUCGCGACCAAACCGGGGCUCCCCAAGCUGCGAGCGCAAAUCCUCCUCUACCCGAGUCUCCAGGCUUUGGACUUCGAUUUGCCUUCCUACCAACAAAACCGAGCCGUGCCGCCUUUGUUCCGGGAACGGUCCGCCGUCUACUUCUUGCAGUACCUGAACGGGAACGUCGAGCACCUCGAGGAAGUCUUGGAAGGCUCUCAUGUUCCUACCAAUGUCCGGUUGCGGUACCGGAAGUGGCUGAGCGCCGACAACAUCCCCAAAGAGUUUAAGACCCGAGGAUACACGCCAUUUGUUCACGUCGCCGGCGACGAUGUUGUCUCCGAGCGCUUGUCGAAUCUGCGCUCUCCGGAAUGCUCUCCGCUUGUGGUCGAAGACGGGGUCGUUCGACGUCUCCCCGAGACGUUCCUCUUGACCUGCGAAUACGACGUCUUGCGGGACGACGGGUUACUCUACAAGAAGAGGCUGGAAGACAACAACGUAACGGUGACGUGGUACCACAUCUCUCAUGGAUUCCACGGCAUCUUAAACUUCUUUGAUGGAGCCUGGUUGCGUUUCCCGUCUGGGAGGAAAGGGAUGGAAGCGAUUGUCAACUUUGUAAGAAGUCUCUAA